CUUCUAAUUGACGAACCCUAACUCCACGAGCCGCCGGUGAGCGACAGUAACUCUCGUGCUGCGGCUGCGGGCGGCGCAUCGGGCAGGAUGGUGCAGAAAAAACUAAGGAGCGGCGCGGCGCGUGGUCGCGCGGGUGCGAAAGCAGCGGCGCGUGGCCGCGGUGGUGCGAAAGCAGCGGCGGCGCGGCGUAAGGGCACCGGACGCGGUGCGCUUCGCGGGGGCGCGUCGGCGGCGCUAUCAGUCGAGCAGUGUCUUCUUGCGGCCUCUGGCGGCGACGCGGCAAGUGGUCGCGCGGGCGUGCAAGCGGAAACUUCAUCCGCUGCGUGGCAGCGGGACGUGACCAGAUGCGUCACGCCGUUCGCCGGUGUAUCUGUCAUCACUGACGGUGAGCUGGGCAUUUCCACCAUGUCGGACAUGAUCGACGCCAGCAGUGCCAACGGUUACCACCUGCUCGUGAUCGAAGGAUACUCCCGCACCAAAGAUAUACUCAAUGGCAAUGGCAUCAAAUCUCGCCCAUUCAUGGUGGGAGGCCAUCGCUGGUGCAUUGAUUUGAGGCCCAGCCGUGACAGCUCAUUCAGUGCUGACUUCAUUUCCGCCUACAUUGUCCUUCUUGAUGACAAUGUUGCAGAGCCUGUGAAGGUGCAGUUUGUAUUUAGUUGUAUCGACCAGGUUGAGAAGCAAGAGGCAACACACAUUCGUUCAACUAAAGCAUGUAUCUUCCCCAAGUAUGGUUAUAGUUGGGGUCAGAGGAAGUUUCUGAGAAGAGAUGCCUUUGAAAAAUCAAAGAAUCUAAAGCGUGAUUGUUUGACCAUCCGGUGUGACAUCAUGGUUUGCAAGGAUCUCAAUAUCGAGGAUGGUAGUGCCACUGAUGCGCCGCGGCCUGAUUUACGACAACACUUGAACCAGCUCCUUCAAACUAAGGUGGGCACUGAUGUGACAUUCCAGGUUUGUGGCGAGACAUUUGCCGCACACCGCUGUGUGCUUGCAGCCCGAUCUACAGUUUUCAUGGCACAACUCUUUGGCCCCAUGAAGGAGGGCACUCUGGCAGGUGUCAUACAGAUCAAAGAAAUGGAGGCAAAAGUGUUCAGGGCUUUGCUUAGUUUCAUCUACACAGACUUAUUUCCUGAGAUGGAGAAGGAUGAAGCAGAAAUAGAAGAAGAAGAAGAAGGACAAGAAGAGGAAGCUGAAAUAGAAGAAGAAGGACAAGAAGAGUAUACAUUAGUUGAUGCAACGUGGCUGCAAUGGGUCCAGGACUUGUUUGUCGCAGCAGACAGAUAUGAUCUCCAAGGGCUGAAGUGGUCCUGUGAAGAGGUGUUGUGCGAGAGCAUAGAUGUGAGCUCGGUGACUUCCACUCUUUCUCUAGCGGAGCAACACCAUUGCCAUGGGUUGAAGGAGGAGUGCUUACAGUUUCUGCAAGAACAAUCCUCCUCAAGUUUGCAAACAAUAAUGGAGGCCAGUGACUGGGAGCAUAUAACUAUGACCUAUCCCUCUGUUUUAAACGAGCUCAUCGCCAAGCUUGCCACGAAAGAAAAAUGCGUCUAAUAUGGUAGGCAUGUCCUUAAGUAACACUGAAUAUAUGUGACUCCUGACAGCACUCGUAAUUUGUGUCUGGUGCCUUUGUGUCAUGGCAUGUUGCGUGCAUGCCUAUAUGUUGAAUCGUUUAAGAUGUCUUGUGAUCAAGGAAGGGAUGAUCUGUAAAUUCAGUGUAAGUGUCAAUAUCAAGUUUCCUAGCUAGUCGUUUUAUCCUCA